CCUGCGUCGCGUUUGUCCGUGAACGCGCCUGAAUGAAAACACGGGAGCGACGCCACCGUCACCACCAGCGAAGAGCCCAUUUGACACAAUACAAAUCCACCGCGAGCUUCCUCUGCGAGCUUCACCUAUCGGGUGUCGACGGUAUUCAUUCUUACCAACGCAGCGCGCUGCGUGCCGGACGUGACCGAGCAGCAUGGACCCGCGUAAAGUGACCGAGUUAAAGGUCUUCGUAGAGAUGUGCGAGGCCAGUCCCGAGAUCCUGCAUCUUCCAGAAAUGAGCUUCUUCCGGACCUGGUUGCUGGGCAUGGGUGCAACAAUCCCUCCACUGCCCAAGACAGGGAAGUCCUGCCAGGGCGGCUGUCCUUGUGCUCCUCCCCCUAAAUCCGCUCCCCCUCCUGAGGCUCCAGUCCUGUCUGAGACUGAGGAGAGUGACAUCGAAAUGGACAUGGAGGGAGUGAUCGAACCAGACACCGAUGAGCCGCAGGAGAUGGGCGAGAUUGACAAUAUUGAGGUCACAGAGGAGAUGAUGGACGAGGCCGAUGAGAAGAAGAUGGCGGCCAUUAAUGCUCUCGGAGAAGGUGAUCUGCCGAAAGCUCUGGAUCUUUUCACUGAAGCAAUCAAGCGGAACCCCUGCGUGGCCAUCAUGUACGCCAAGAGGGCAAGCGUCUUUAUCCAGAUGCAGAAACCCAACGCAGCCAUAAGAGACUGUGACCGAGCCAUCAGCAUCAACCCAGACUCUGCACAGCCUUACAAGUGGAGGGGAAAAGCUCACAGGCUGCUGGGCCACUGGGAGGAGGCGGCCAAGGACCUGGCCACGGCCUGCAAACUGGACUAUGACGAAGACACCAGUGCAAUGCUGAAGGAGGUCCAGCCAAAGGCUCAGAAAAUCAUUGAGCACAGACGCAAAUACGAGCGCAAGAGAGAAGAGAAGGAGGUCAAGGAGAAACAAGAGCGGGUAAAGAAAGCCAGAGAGGAGCAUGCACGGGCUCAGAGGGAGGAGGAUGCACGGCCGUUCGGAGGCAGCGGAGGAGGUGGAGGAGGAGGAUUCUUUCCUGGUGCGGGUGGAUUUCCAGAAGGAGCCCCUGCUGGCAUGCCCGGUUUCAGUGAUCUCCUGAAGGAUCCUGAGCUGCUCAACGCCAUGAAGGACCCGGAGGUGAUGACUGCCUUCCAGGAUGUGGCACAGAACCCGGCCAACAUCUCAAAGUACCAGAACAACCCUAAAAUCAUGGCACUGGUCACCAAGCUGAGCUCAAAGUUUGGAGCGCCACCACAGCCGUAGAGGAGGAGGAGGAACCAAAUGGAGUGGAUGGAUGGUGACUCGUUCUGGAGAGCCGCAAUGCUUUUCAACUAUUAAUCCACUGUGUGCAGAUCCAAUGGGGGAAGUAGGUGACGGGCAGAGAGUGAGGCUACUUUUUAAAUGUUCUUAAUCAGCCUGUUGGUUCUUAGCAAUGUCCAAACGAGUUUAGGAGGCCGGUCUGACAACUUCCACCUCGUCCCAGCUUGGACUUUACUCAGCCACAGGUUGACAUUUCCUAAUGUGUUUCUGGAAAAGCUAAACUUGGAGUUCCCGCAUUAAGACGCCCGCUCAAACAUUUUUACAGGCGUUUAUUACAUGGUUGUGGUUUAGCUUACGGACUUUCCUUUCUCCGAACGGAGCCAAACUCCCACACAUAACCAGUUGGUUUUUGUUGUCAGAUCUGUUAUAAAAUGCACAAAAAAAUGUCACGGUUAAUGUCUGACCCUGUUGGAAAAUGAUUCCCAAUAAAAAAAAUGCUGUUGCAGUAAAAUAA